UGAACAGUCUGCCUGGUAACAGCUGACGAGCAGGUCAUGUGAUGUGUUCUCUGCUUUUUAGAGCCGCUCUCAGUCAGACUGUGUCAGUGUUUGUGAAGUGAACAGAGGAACAUGGCUUCAUCCUUUCUCAGCUUCUCCCUCCUCUUCAUCAUCAGCCUCUACACAGCAGAUGGAUUUCUGAAUUAUAUGACAACUCGCUGUGAUUUUAACUCCACUGAUCUGAAGAACAUCGAGUACAUCAGGUCGUACUAUUACAACAAGUUGGAGCUCCUCAGGUUCAGCAGCAGUGUGGGAGAGUAUGUUGGUUACACUGAGUUGGGAGUGAAGAACGCUGAACGCUUUAACAAAGAUCCUUCAAAACUGGCUCAGAUGAGAGGUGAGAAGGAGAGGUACUGCCUGACCAACGUUAACGCUGACUACCAAGGUGCUCUGGAUAAAUCAGUUAAGCCCUAUGUCAGACUGCACUCGGUGGCGCCCCCUGCUGGUAAACAUCCCUCCAUGUUGGUCUGCAGCGUCUACGACUUCUUCCCCAAACACAUCAGAGUGAGCUGGCUCAGAGACGGACAGGAAGUCACCUCUGAUGUCACUUCCACUGAUGAGCUGGCAGACGCUGAUUGGUUCUACCAGAUCCACUCUCACCUGGAGUACACGCCCAGGUCAGUACAGAACCAGAACCAGGUCCACUCUCACCUGGAGUACACGCCCAGGUCAGUACAGAACCAGAACCAGGUCCACUCUCACCUGGAGUACACGCCCAGGUCAGUACAGAACCAGAACCAGAAUCAGGUCCACUCUCACCUGGAGUACACGCCCAGGUCAGUACAGGACCAGAACCAGAACCAGGUCCACUCAAACCUAGAGUACACGCCCAGGUCAGUACAGGACCAGAACCAGAACCAGGUCCACUCAAACCUGGAGUACACGCCCAGGUCAGUACAGAACCAGAACCAGAUCCACUCUCACCUGGAGUACACGCCCAGGUCAGUACAGAACCAGAACCAGAUCCACUCUCACCUGGAGUACACGCCCAGGUCAGUACAGAACCAGAACCAGGUCCAGAUCCACACUCACCUGGAGUACACGCCCAGGUCAAUACAGAACCAGAACCAGGUCCAGAUCCACUCAAACCUGGAGUACACGCUCAGGUCAGUACAGAACCAGAACCAGAACCAGGUCCACUCUCACCUGGAGUACACGCCCAGGUCAGUACAGAACCAAAACCAGGUCCAGAUCCACUCAAACCUGGAGUACACGCCCAGGUCAGUACAGAACCAGAACCAGGUCCAGAUCCACUCUCACCUGGAGUACACGCCCAGGUCAGUACAGAACCAGAACCAGAACCAGGUCCACUCAAACCUAGAGUACAUGCCCAGGUCAGUACAGAACCAGAACCAGAACCAGGUCCAGGUCUACUCAAACCUGGAGUACAAACCCAGGUCAGUACAGAACCAGAACCACUCAAACCUGGAGUACACACCCAGGUCAGUACAGGACCAGAACCAGGUCCAGGUCCACUCUCACCUAGAGUACACACCCAGGUCAGUACAGGACCAGAACCAGGUCCAGAUCCACUCUCACCUGGAGUACACGCCCAGGUCUGGAGAGAAGAUCUCCUGUGUGGUGGAGCACGCCAGCCUGAGAGAACCUCUGGUUACUGACUGGGACCCCUCCAUGCCCGAGUCUGAGAGAAACAAGAUCGCCAUCGGAGCCUCCGGACUGAUCCUGGGUCUGAUUUUGUCUCUGGCUGGAUUCAUCUACUACAAGAGGAAGGCCCGAGGUCAGACCAGUACCCAGACUGAAACCAGACCAGACCCAGACUGAAACCAGACCAGUACCCAGACUGAAACCAGAACAGUACCCAGACCAGCACCCAGACUGAAACCAGACCAGUACCCAGACCAGUUCAAGACUAAAACCCAACCAGUACCCAGACUGAAACCAGAACAGUACCCAACUAUUAAACCAGUUUUAGUCCAGUCUCAGACCAGGUUUAUCAGAGUCUCAGUCUGGUUUAUCCUCAUUAGUCCUUCAGAAACUGCUCAAUGUGGUUGUCUCAGUGUACUUGUUUUGGAUCAGUUUGGACCACCAGGGCCCUUUAGUCAUCUUGUUCUUUAAACCAGAACCAGGAGUCUAAUUCCCACUAACAGGCAGGAUCCUGAACCCUGACC